AUGUACAAAAAUUUUGCAGUUGCAAUCAACGAUGUUAUACUGAAAUCAAAUUUAACAGCCUGUAUCGGUGCAGAAAUGUCCAUAUCGUGUUCAUUUAAGAACAAAUUUGCUGUCAUCACUUGGUCUAAGGAAACUGAAACUGGCAUCAACGAUAUUGCCGAUAAUGAUAAAUUUACUAUAACUCCACAUUUGGAAUACGGUGAUUUGGUGAUCGGUUAUUUGGGUAUAAAAAAAUUACAAAAACAAGAUGAAGGUAUCUAUUGGUGUCGAACGUAUGUACGUAUGGAAGAGCAUAAAAAUAAAACACGAUUGGAUGUAAUCGAAUGUAACGAAGAGGCAAUAAUCAGAUUAGAAAUUGGUGAACAAAAUAUGACAAAACGAUUCAAAGCAUUUGAACUGUUUGGUGGAGUGGAAAGUUUUGUGGUAACGGUUGACGCCGGUGACCAUUACGUGCAUCAAUGCAGUAUUGUAUUACCCGGGUCAUCUGUACCAUUGGUAUCGUCAAAUGAACAAGGUGAAGUACAUGGUCCGAUCAGUUUAUGCAGUAUUGCCUACAAUGGUGUCAUCUAUACAUCAGAAGUACGAUUUGAGGAACGUGAUCGAUGUGAAAAAGAUGUUGAAGCUAAUACAUCAGAAACGCAAUUUUAG